AUGUGGGCAGAUGAUAAGCGGAAACCUCAUGGCUGUCAAGCAUGCGGAGCAAGCUUUGGCAGGGCCGACGUCCUCCAUCGACAUAUGAAGAGAUGUGAGGAACGCCGACUUCAGGCCUCGCGAGCUAGAGCAGAAAGUCAAGCUGCGGAUGCGCAACGAGCAGCCCGAGACCAGGCCGAAGCGAACGUGAGAGCUGUCUUAUCCACUUCCCGCGACCUCACCACCGUUGAUACCGUCGAAAUCGUUCCUGAUCGACCAAAUACAUUUCAAUCGCCGCCCAGCCAGUUGCAUCUCAACACUCCGCCUGCAUCCUCCACAUCUACUCGCACGGAAUGUCAUGGAGAAGGCGAACUAACAUUGAAUCCCUCCUUUUCUGUCUUGCCGCCUCACCAGGGACGGCCCGCUCCGUCUCCUGAGUCUUCCCUUUUGACACACCGUCAAGUCCCUUCCGACCAUGCGCAAUCGGCCGGAUUCUUUUGGAAUCAGCCUCAAGCAGCCUUUAACGGAUUUGGAGGACCACAGGCCACGCUGAGCAAUCAAUUGGACCAUCUAGCCACUAAUUCUGCUAGCCAACGAGUCCCGCUCGUGCCCAGCCAGCCUGAAACAGUUGAAGACAUUGCCAACUUCAAUGUGAGCGACUUCAUGUUUCUGGAAGACUCUUUACUCCCUGAUUUCGAGUACGACUUUACGGGACUUAGCCCCGGCCCGGCCGCAAUCCAGGUACCGACGCAGCAACAGCCCCCUCUUGUCGACGAGGACAUUUUGUCCAGCCGAACUCGCCAUGUGACGCCGACGCCCUCUCCCAACGACGCUCAGGAAGGAAGAGCCGCUUAUCAUGUGUCACCCCGACCGUUCCGUGUGCUGCGCUGCAGUCAAGGAGAUGUUGAGGCGGUCGAAAAGGCCCUGUUGGAAGCCAGCCAUUUCGAAGUCCGGAUCCCCACUCACCUACCUAACCGGUCUCGUCUCGCAAGAUUCUUGAACGCAUAUUUUGAGUAUUUUGAUCCGCACACACCAAUUGUCCAUCGGCCGAGUUUCUCGGUGUCGUCGGCGCCUCCGGCACUAAUUCUAGCGAUGUUGGCCAUUGGCGGCUGUUAUCUCUCCGAGCAUGACCGUGCCUGUCAGUCGUACGAGGCAUCAUGCCGUCUCCUUGCACAAUAUGAAAUCGAGCUUUUGCACCAGUCAGAGGUUGAACUCGGGCCGAUUCAGGCCGCGCUCCUUUGUGUCCAAUUUGGAGCCUUUACUGACAACCCAAACCAUUUCCGUCAAGCUCAACGACAGCUCUCGCUGGUGUCAGAUCUUUUGAAGUCGGCUGAGACAGGAUUUCCAAAGUCUUCAGCUGUAGCCCAUGCCGAUUGGAAUCAGUGGUUGUGUGCUGAGACAUUGAGCAGGCUGACUUGCUGGGCAUGGAUUCUCAAUGCUAUCAUCGUGGUCUAUGACCCUACGGCCACGAGCCAUUUUGCACACCGGGAACCUUCGGAGCUGCCCCUCCCAAGCAACGACACGCUAUGGCGGGCUUCUUCUCCAGGAGAGUGGGCGGCGAACAAGGAGACAGAGGCCCCGUCUUCCCUGACCAUCAAGAAUGCGGUGGCAAUGAUCCUUCGCGGGCAGAGACCUGCGGAAGCUGUCAGUUCCUUCGGACUACUCUCGCUCUUAGGUCCGAUUCUCUCCUACAUCUGCGGCACGGAGCGGUACUCAGUUCUGCCGUCUAGAUCGGUGGACAAAGAUUUCGUCUCAAGAAUGGAGCAAUCAUUGCGCUCAUGGGAAAUUCUCUGGCACCGACACCCUCAUGCUGAGACCGUUCCCAGCAGGCACGGCGACCCCUUGAUGGUAGAUUGUCUGAGUCUGCUAGGCUCGGCGUACUACCAUUUGUACAUGGGCCCAGAGCUGAGACAUCUAAAGCAAAUCGCCGCCGAUCCAGGGACACGCUUUUCAGCGCCCAAAUAUAAACUACAGUCGCAAAUAAUGCGAGCGGUGAAAUAUGCCGCCAGCUCAUGGCUGGUCCGGGCCAAGCUGGGCAUAGCACAUUUACAGCGGACGGCAGCAUUGUCAUUUGGUGGACACGUCCUUGUGACCGCGUAUGAAAGCGCUCUCAUACUGUCCUGGUGGCUGUCUAUACGUAGGGACGCAUCGUUUCAGUUUUCGGGGAGUGGAGAAAACUUGGACGGUCUCCGGAUAUUGGACGGAUUGUUUCAAGAAAUUUUCGAGGAGAUCGGUGACCAAGGUGUUUGCUGCGACUUCCAAAAGGUUCAUCCUGGCAGCCCUCCCCUUGAUUUCUAUCGGAUGCUCAUGCAUAGAUGGGUCUGGACGUAUUCGGCUGUCAUGGAACAAAACCUCAAAAAUCUCGACUCGAAGCUGAAGACUGCGCAACCGAAUUCUGUAACGAGCAACCUUUCGAGAAUCAUGAAUUAA